AUGCGAUCGUAUCCUCUCUCCGUCCUUGGGGCCGUCCUCGCCUAUCUGCUUUACGCUGUAGGGCCCUCUCUCCAUCGCAGAUUGACCGUGCUCGGGGCCCUCCGCAGAUACCCUGGCGCCGCGACCACCAACGGUGCGGAGGUGAUUGCCAUCCCAGACACAGUGCAUUGCGAGGACAUUCAUUACCAUGCCCCCAGCGGCUCCCUCUUUACGGCCUGUGAGGACAACGCCGAAACGAGGUUCAAGUGGUUCCCUCCGCUGGCCAAUUUUGACGAUCCCGAGCUGGCCGGUAAAAGCCGAGGCUCCAUCCAUGUGGUCGACCCAAAUACUAUGCAGUCACGGAGGCUCAAGUUUGAGAACUUUGACGGCCCCUUCGUUACUCACGGCAUCGAUGUGGUUCCCGACAAGGACAGCGCUGACGGAGAAGCCGUCUACGUCUUCGCCGUUAACCACAUUCCCGAGACACAACCGUCCGGGGCAAAGGGACCGCAUGCCCGCUCGCAGCUCGAGGUCUUCCACCACGUCCUCGGAUCCUCCUCCGUCAAGCAUCUUCGAUCUGUCUGGCAUCCGCUCAUCAAGGCGCCAAACGACGUCUUCGCCGAGAGCCCGACCUCGAUCUACGUGACAAACGACCACCGCCACCGCUACCAUGGGUUGAUGCGCACCUUCGAGGAUCUCUGCUCCGGUGCCAAGUGGACCGAAGUGGUGCAUGUCCAACUAGCCUCGUUGGCGGCAUCGGAUCCCUCUGCAGCCGUAACUGCCCGUGUUGCCUUGUCCGGUAUGCACAACGCUAACGGUCUCGGUCAUGGCCGCUCCGAGCGGGAGAUUCUCAUCUCGAGCUGCACUAGCGGGGUGCUCCACAUUGGUCAAAUCCCGGCCAACUUCAGCGGCAACAUCACGAUAAGGGAGUCUGUCGAGAUUGACCACAUCGCCGACAAUCCCAGCUACUUUGCCGAUCCCUACGCCAAGCCGGGUGACGACCGAAGCGGUUUUCUGGAAGCCGGUCUGGCCCGCGCUGUCGAUCUCAGCAGUACUCAUCGAGAUCCGGCCGCCAAGGACCCUGUAUUGGUCACAUACGUCAGGCCGAUUGCCGGCCGUUGGGAGAAGCGGAUUCUCUUUGAGGACGACGGGACCAGGCUCAGAAGUGCCAGUGCAGCCGUGUUGGUGGCCCUCAAGCCGACUGCAAACUCGGAAAGUGUUGCUGCCGACACGAGAAAGGCAUGGCUCUUUGCGACAGGUUUUCUAUCAAAGGGCAUCGUUGCCAUCAAAGUUGAUCUUUGA